UGAAGGGCUUCACUCCGGCUGGCGCCGCCGCUCGCGCGCUCCUGCUCCGCCGCGACCGUCCGGGGGGCUGCUCCUCCCCAGGACCAUGUGUGACGGCGCCCUGCUGCCUCCUCUUGUCCUGCCCUUGCUGCUGCUGCUGUUUUGGGGACUGGACCCGGGCACAGCUGUCGGCGACGCGGCGGCCGACGUGGAGGUGGUGCUCCCGCGGCGGGUGCGCCCGGACGACGUGCACCUGCCGCCGCUGCCCGGCGCCCCCGCGCCCCGAAGGCGCCGGCGCCCCCGCGCGCCCCCCACCGCCCCGCGCGCCCGGCCCGGCGAGCGCGCGCUGCUGCUGCACCUGCCGGCCUUUGGGCGCGACCUGUACCUGCAGCUGCGCCGCGACCUGCGCUUCCUGUCCCGCGGCUUCGAGGUGGAGGAGGCGGGCGUAGCCGAGCGCCGCGGACGCCCCGCCGAGCUGUGCUUCUACUCAGGCCGCGUGCUGGGCCACCCCGGCUCCCUCGUCUCGCUCAGCGCCUGUGGCGCCGCCGGCGGCCUGGUUGGCCUCAUCCAGCUUGGGCAGGAGCAGGUGCUAAUCCAGCCCGUCAAUAAUUCCCAGAGCUCGCUCAGUGGACAAGAACAUCUGAUCAGGCGCAAAUGGUCCUUGACACCCAGUCCCUCCACCGACACCCAGGUUCCUGGGCGGCUCUGCAAAGUUCUGACAGAAAAGAAGCCAAGGAGAGGCAGGCCAUCGCGGGACUGGCGAGAGCGGAGGAAUGCCAUCCAGCUCACCAACGAGCAUACGGUGGAGACACUGGUGGUGGCCGACGCUGACAUGGUGCAGUACCAUGGGGCAGAGGCUGCCCAGAGGUUCAUCCUCACUGUCAUGAACAUGGUAUACAAUAUGUUUCAGCACCAAAGUCUUGGAAUUAAAGUUAACAUUCAAGUUACCAAGCUGGUCCUGCUACGACAACGUCCUGCCAAGUUGUCCAUUGGGCAUCAUGGCGAGCGGUCCCUGGAGAGCUUCUGUCACUGGCAGAAUGAGGAAUAUGGAGGUGCCCGGUACCUCGGCAACAAUCAGGUUCCAGGAGGGAAGGACGAUACGCCCCCGGUGGAUGCCGCUGUAUUUGUGACCAGGACAGAUUUCUGCGUACACAAAGAUGAACCCUGCGAUACCGUUGGAAUUGCUUACUUAGGAGGUGUGUGCAGUGCUAAGAGGAAAUGUGUGCUUGCCGAAGACAAUGGUCUCAAUUUGGCCUUUACCAUCGCUCAUGAGCUGGGCCACAACUUGGGGAUGAACCACGAUGAUGACCACUCAUCCUGCGCCGGCAGGUCCCACAUCAUGUCAGGAGAGUGGGUGAAAGGCCGGAACCCCAGCGACCUCUCUUGGUCCUCCUGCAGUCGAGAUGACCUUGAAAACUUCCUCAAGUCGAAAGUCAGCACCUGUUUGCUGGUCACAGACCCCAGGAGCCAGCACGCAGUGCGCCUCCCUCACAAGCUGCCAGGCAUGCACUAUAGCGCCAACGAGCAGUGCCAGAUCCUGUUUGGCACCAAUGCCACCUUCUGCAGAAACAUGGAGCAGCAUCUGAUGUGCGCUGGACUUUGGUGCCUGGUGGAAGGAGAUACAUCUUGCAAGACCAAGCUGGACCCUCCCCUGGACGGCACGGAGUGUGGGGCAGACAAGUGGUGCCGCGCCGGGGAGUGCGUGAGCAAGACGCCCAUCCCGGAGCACGUGGACGGAGACUGGAGUCCAUGGGGUGCCUGGAGCAUGUGCAGCCGGACGUGUGGGACAGGAGCCCGCUUCCGGCAGAGGAAAUGUGACAACCCCCCCCCUGGGCCUGGAGGCACGCACUGCCUGGGUGCCAGCGUGGAGCACGCGGUCUGUGAAAACCUGCCCUGCCCCAAGGGCCUGCCCAGCUUCCGGGAUCAGCAGUGCCAAACACACGACCGGCUGAGCAGCAAGAAGAAGGGCCUGCUGACAGCAGUGGUGGUUGAUGAUAAGCCAUGUGAGCUCUACUGCUCGCCCCUUGGGAAGGAGUCCCCGCUGCUGGUGGCCGACAGGGUCCUGGAUGGCACACCCUGCGGGCCCUAUGAGACUGACCUCUGCGUGCAUGGCAGGUGCCAGAAAAUCGGCUGCGAUGGCAUCAUCGGGUCUGCAGCUAAAGAAGAUCGGUGCGGGGUCUGCAGCGGCGACGGCAAGACCUGCCGCGUGGUGAAGGGCGACUUCAGCCACUCCCGGGGGACAGUCAAGAAUAAUCUGUGUACGAAGGUGUCCACAUGUGUGAUGGCAAAGGCCGUUCCCAAGUGCUUCUCAUGUUAUAUUGAAGCCGCCAUCAUUCCAGCUGGAGCUCGGAGGAUUCGCGUGGUGGAAGAUAAACCUGCCCACAGUUUUCUGGCCCUCAAAGACUCCAAUAAGAGAUCCAUCAACAGUGACUGGAAGAUAGAACUCCCCGGAGAGUUCCAGAUCGCAGGCACGACCGUCCGCUACGUUAGAAGGGGCCUGUGGGAGAAAAUUUCUGCCAAGGGACCCACCAAAACACCCCUGUACCUGAUGGUGUUGUUAUUUCAUGAUCAAAAUUAUGGAAUUCAUUACGAAUACACUGUUCCUGUAAACUACACUGCUGAAAAUCAAAGUGAACCAGAAAAACCCCAGGACUCUCUGUUCAUCUGGACCCACAGCGGCUGGGAAGGGUGCAGCGUGCAGUGUGGAGGAGGGGAACGCAGAACCAUCGUGUCCUGCACGCAGAUUGUUAACAAGACCACGACUCUGGUGAAUGACAGUGAUUGCCCUCAAGCAAGCCGUCCAGAGCCCCAAGUCCGAAGGUGCAAUUCACACCCAUGUCAGUCACGGUGGGUGGCAGGCCCAUGGAGCCCCUGCUCAGCAACCUGUGAGAAGGGCAUCCAGCAUCGGGAAGUGACCUGCGUGUAUCAGCUGCAGAAUGGCACACACGUCGCCACUCGCCCCCUCUACUGCCCAGGCCCGCGGCCAGCACCAGUGCAGAGCUGUGAAGGCCAGGACUGUUUGUCCAUCUGGGAGGCAUCCGAGUGGUCACAGUGUUCUGCCAACUGUGGUAAAGGGACGCAGAAACGGACAGUGACAUGCACCAACUCACAAGGAAAAUGCGAUGCAUCCACGAGGCCGAAAGCUGAGGAGGUGUGCGAAGACUACUCAGGCUGCUAUGAGUGGAAAACUGGGGAUUGGUCCAAGAAAUCUGUCAACGUGGCAACGUGGCAACAUGGCCUGCGUCCUCACAUGGCCACUGUGACUGAGGCCGAGGGGGCUGGCGCCUCUUCCCAGGCCAUGGUUCUCCAGCUCUCCAGGCUCCUCACAGCCACUUGGCACUUUAACCUACCCACCUGACCCAGGCAGGAAAUUUGGUUUCUGCCUCUGCUUUAUGGAAGGAGGAGAGGUUUGUCCUUUGGGAAGCAAAACUUGUCGGAAUCUGGUCCUUACAGAAAUGCAACCAUCCCCCGCCCUCCAACCCCACCCUACCCCAGCAGUCAGAAUACAAAUUCCUCCAAACCCUUGAAGUACAUAAAAGCGAAAUUUCUCAGGUUCCAGUUUGCUGGCUGUGCUAAAAUGCAGCAUCUGGAUAACACUGAUUUCCAAGAUCAAAAACACCUCCUUCCUAUUUACUCCCUGAUCAAAACAUCUGACCAAAGCAAUAGUACCCAGGCCAACAAUCCAGUUGCUCCAAAAAAUAAACACGUGAAUGUAACAAAGCUUAUUUGGGGGCUGCCAGGAUGAAUUUUACAUUGGAGGAGAGAUUUCACUUCAAGGCUCUUGCAGAAGAAAUAUGCCAUUAGAACCUGGAGUCUUGUGAUAGACAUUAAGCGGUUGACUCCCUCUGACUCACCACUUAAUGUGUCUCAACCUCUCUGGCCCUCGGUCUCCUUCUCUCUGAAACGGGAAUUAUUAACAUCGACCCUGCUAGUUCUCAGAGCUUCCAAGGUACCAGUCUGUGUGACUAAACACUUAGAUAGCUACGCCCGCCUGGGGUCCCUCACCCAGUGUCCACAGUGUUGCAAGGCACAGUGCCCGGGAUUAACCUGUUCUGUCUGAUCUAAUUUCCUCUUCUCAGUUGGGCUGCCCACCCUUUUAUAGAACCAUGUCGAGAAAUAUUGUCUUCUACCCCAGCAGGUCCAGACACAGCUUAAGAAAGGCUACCAGUGUGUCCCAAAGCCCAGGGGAAUGUAGGCGAGCUCUCAACAUUUUAGGUUCUGAUCAAUAAGAAAACAUUUGUGAAUGUUCUGUGUCAGAAUUGUCUAAAGACUUGGUGGUUCCUUUGUACCUGAGAGGUCACAGAGUGCCGAGGUCUUGGAGGGGGAAACUACCUAACACAGUGACAGGCAGAAUAACAUUGUCUGGACUCGAGAUGUGCAGGAGUGGGUUGGAAUAAAGCUGUCAUUAUAGUCCAGGAACUGACAGGAUCCUAGUGGUCACACCCUAAAUGUCGCCUGGACUAUUGAAGGGCGAUCCCGCAGUCACUGGUGUCCCUGGGCAGGAAGCAGAGGUGAGGAGUGGACAGUUUGGGCCUGGCCUGCGUGCACCUGACAGGGUCCGGGGGGGUACCUGGUGUCAUUUCCUCUUUGCAGUGUAACCCUGCACCUGGUGCCACCAGUCCCCUCCGGCCAGGGACAUUAUCCCUGUGUUACAAAAGAGGGAGUAGAGACUCAGAGGUUAAGGGACUUGCCCACACCCCUCUGGCAGAAUCCAAGCUCCUGAACCCCAAUUCAGAGCUCAGUACACAUGUGGACACAGACCAAGAAGGGCUCCGGAGGCCCCUGGUAGUGCCUCUGAGCCACAGGGUGCCCUGCGGAUCCUGAGGGUGCCGUGCAGAUGGUUGUUGAUGGCAGGGCCUGGCUUUCUCCAGUCUAACCACUCUGAUUUUGAGGACCAGGAGGACAUUUUUGUUUUCUUACCUCCUAUGAACUUCCCAGUACUGGGAGCAGCGAAACACCAAAGGCUGGAUGUGAACAGUACCUGAGAAGCUCAGUGCUGUGCUGCCCGAGAUCCAGCUUGGUUCCUGAGCCUUCCCUCCUUCAUUGUUCACGGGCCUUCCUGGGCUGAGGACACUGUCUGAUAAACCAUACACGCGGCGCACCGGGCGUGCCGUCCAGAUGAGACAGGGCCUUCUGCUGGUCUUCCUCUUUUCACUAACUAGGCCAUGGUGAAUACACCUUCCAGCUUUCAGAAAAGUAAGGCAUUGGGAGGCCACAGUGCCUGCUUUUUGCCACAGUCAGCUUGAUGGGUUAUCCCUGGCGGUAAGAACAAGAAAGAUCAACAGAAUGUGAAGAUCUCGGCCUCUGUCCAGGGCUAACAUCCAUUGGCAUCUGAUUGGUGUGCACUGAGCUGUUGGGGACAGCACUCAGCGUGGGUGGAAGCCAGCUACCCCUCCCUAGCUGGCACCAGCUCUGGCCAGAGCCAGGGCCCAGGCCAGGCUUGUUCUACCAAGCAGAGAGCGACUGGGUGCUGAACUGGAAGUCCAUGUGUGUGCAUGGUUAUACUGGGAGCAAGUGCUGGUGGGGGAGGUGGGCUGCACAGACUCAACUGAGAGACCCCACCCCCACCCCAGCACUCCACCUCACCGCCACUCCCUUCCGCCUCUGCCAUCACUGGGGUGGGCUGGUAUGCACACUCCGGUACAAUUACAGAAAUCUGCCCAUUGCUUUGCCCUGUGCCUUCUCUGGAGAGGUGGAAAGAAUACAGUUUCCUGUGGGGGUCCCUGUCCUCGCUCCCUUGGGUCACCAGACCAGUGUAAGUGGAUUCCAUGCGAUAGGUCUUCCCCUGACAAUUCCGCCUGUUCAGACUGGAUUUGCUUUACAAUUUGCGUGUUGUCUUUGCGGUCCAGCUUUCAGAUGGUGCCCUUCUUGCACACUUGGGGUCAGGGCACUUUUAUACCCGUCACCAUGAAUCUCCUAUAAGCAGUCUCCAGACCUCCCACUUGCCAGGCUUUGAAGGCAGCAAGCAAGUUGCCCAGAAGGAAACUGGAUAGAAGUCUGAACACCGUCAAAGUAUCAGUGAAUCUGGAAGCUUUGACAUCUUCCAUCCAAGCAAUCCGUCACUUGGCCCCAAGGUGUUGUUGAGAAAGAUAAGCCUGUCUCCAGGGAGAUGAUGGAUGGGCCAGUCCAAAGACGUGCCACAGGUGCUGUCCUGCCCUCCCUGAAGCGGGAAGGACCAGUGGCCCCUCGGGAAGGGGCUGGCACCCGUCCCUUCCCGUAGCUGGGUGAGGGUGCCUGAGAAUAGUGCGUCAAGUUUUGGUGAGGCAGGGCGGGCCUGGGGGGAAUUUGGAAUUGCCUCUCCCUCCCCCAGCCCUAGCAAAUGGCCAAACCCUAAGAGAGUCCAUAUGAGGGACAAACUUCACAUUUCCAUCCCUGCCCAGGGCAUUAUUACUGCUCUGCUAUGUUUGAAACAUGACCUGCAGCUGCCUGUCUUCCCAGGAUAUUAGCUGUUCCCAGGUUUGUGCAAAUCCUUGUUUUUGUCCACUAAUGCUGAGUCCACGUAUUCAGCCCGGGAGAAGGGAGAGGUCAUUUAAAAUGGGGGAGGAAGAAAUUGAACUUCUUUCUGGAAUAGCAUGACUUUUGAUCAGAAGUUGAGAUGCUUUAGUUUCAAGCCCAGAGGCAUUAAUCACCACUGAGUGAUGGGGUGUUUCUAAUUAGAAACAAAUUAUUCUGGAGGGAUUUUAAUAGAUGGUGUUCUUAAAGAAAACUGUUGGCUCUCAGUGUUAAGAGCAUAGCCUUCUCUUUUACUAAAAAGAUCAAAGUGGUCUUUGACUCCCUGGUGCCAGUGGACAUCCCGCAGAAGGGAGCUGGUCUGACUUACAAGGCGUCAGUCACCCCCAGGUAUGCCCCUCCACACCCAAGCCCCUGUCCUCUUUCCCUCUGUAAUGUGGAGACAACAGCACCUCCCAGAGGCCUUAGGAGAUCAGAUGAAGCAAUAAGCAUGCAAACACCUGUGAGCCACAGACCUAGGAGGGCGUCAGGGAGAGCCUCUCACUCGAACAUUGCUGCAGUGGGGUAUCCCCCAGACGGCUGUUAGAGGUCUUCCUGUGUUCUGGGCAGGGGGAUGAGGGCUCAGGUUCUGUGGCCUUAGCAAUGAACAGACCUUAUGUCAUGAGACGGGUUAGUUAGUUAUAGAAAGCUUUUCAGACCCAGCACCACUUCCCAAGCCUGUACUUUCUUUGAUGGGAACUGAUCCCCCAACCCUGCAAGGCCGGCCAGCCUGCCUGCCCAGCUGGGGCCCCCGCUUGCUGUGGGCUUGUGGUAAAGUCAGUGUGAUUCAACCAACGCUUCCUGAGCUCCUGUGCUGUGCCAGACCUGUGCUGGGCACUAGGGGUACAAAAGUGGGCAAUGACGCAGCCUAGAUAUGGACAGGGCAGCAACCAUAGUAGGCCACACCAAGUCCCACUGGUCGGGUGUGAACACAGUGCUGUAGGACCCAGGCAGCCCCUGCCUUGGGAAGCCACAGAUGGGGGUGCUGGCGGCAGGUGAUGCUACUUCUGUUGGGACAGUCACAAUGGCCCCUGGCAUUCACCAAUGCUUUAGCAUUUACAAAGCACUUUCACUCAUAUUAUCUCAUUUGAUUCUCACAGCCACCUAUCCCCAUUUUACAGAUGAGGAAACUGAGGCUCAGAGUGGUGAUGUGGCUGUUUUUCCAAGCUCACACAACUAGAAAAUGGCAGGGCUUGGAGUCUAGUCCCUGCCUUCUGGCUCCCAAUCCACUUUUCUUUCAAGUGCACCAUAACAUCAGAGGCUUAGUUUUCUAAUUUGAAACAGGAAGAAGUUGAACUAUAAGAUGCCUUCAGUCCUAACCAUCAUGGGCCUGUGCUUGUUAUAAAAUCAAGCGUGUACCCACUCGCUCUCCAGCCUGCCUACUCUCCCCCAUCACCUGUCAAAACCUGCUUCCCUAGGGCUUUGUAUCAAUCAUUUACACUUUAGUGUAAAUCUGUUGUCUCUGUGGGAGAUCUUGAAUGUUAAGUCUUCCCUUAUUUGUGAAAUAAAAAGUGGAGUCCUUAAUAAAAGAAACUUGAGCAUCAAAGAGCAAACAUGGGAGGCACUGGGGACAGCAGGGCUCUUUUCUGAGAUGUGUGAAACAUAGCAUGCAGGCAGCCAGCAUUCUGCAUGAAGAUAGUUAUAAGCAAAUCCUCCAUUUGAUGAUGUUACUCUUGCUAGUGUGAGCAGCCAGUGAAAGGAGGGUCAUCCAAACUCAGUCUCUGGGCAGGGGCAGGAGGGAGAGGGGGCAGAUACUCCCUUGUGUGGAGCACUUCGUGUGGGUGACGAGAGCCUGUGACUGGGUCAGAGGAUUACAAAGAGAAGUCCAGGACCCGUACCUGCUCAGUUUAGAGAAAUGAGUUUGCUGUAGAGCCGUGGAGUCCCUGGAAAUUGGCAGGAGAGGCAUCUGUGUGGACGUGAGCUGAACAGCCGAAAGGCCACUGCCUUUGCCCCUCUGCUCCCCUGCUGCCCCUCCAUUCGCCCCGUGUUCUUCAUCAAAACAGCUGCCUUUGCGUGGAGUGAGAGAUGAGAGAGUGGGGAUGCUGGAGCAUCCGGGCCUCCCCUCACCCUACUCCAGGUUCUAACCACUGGACCUGACCAUUGAAUCAGAGAAACCGUCAUCUCUAAGGAACACUUUUGUUUCAUCACAUGCCAUGUCAGUGACCUCAGAGCAGGGCCCGUGGUCAGGACGACACAGGUCCAUGUCCCUGCUCUGCUGUGGCCUCGUCUCACCUUGAACCAGCAUCAUCCUCUGUCAGAUGGGUCUAAGGGUACCUGCCUCAUAGGGCUGACUGCAGCAAGAAUGACAUCCACAUAAAGCACUUAGCCCCAGGCCUGGCACAUGGGAAAUGCCCAGUAGGUGCACUUAUCAGUUCACUGUCAUCAACCAUCACAGCCAUAGGUCUCUGAUCUCUCAGCGAAAUCUCAUUUCUUAAAUGGGUCUGUAAAAGAUUUAUGUCUUAGAAGAACAGUUCUUUGAACAUGGUCCAGGCCCGUGCGUGCCCUGCCCUGGAACCCAUGCAUGGUGACAGCAUGGCUCAGGGGCAGGAGACAUUUCUGCAGCAUUUGCUGGGCACCUAGGCCAUGCUGCUCUGGGAGGGUGGGGGGUCUUUGAAACAGUUGCUGAUGGGAGAGCUGAGUUACCAAACUGAUAACAGCUUCUGCCCGAGGAGAGGCAGUGAGGGCGGCCCCAGCAGGCUCCUCUGUGCUCCAGGCUCCAGUCUCGCCAGCCAGAAUCAAGAGUUCCUGGGAUAGCCAGCCCCUGCAGGUCAUCAGGGGUCAGCUCGGCCUUCUGCUUCCCUAGCUAUAAUGUCCCAACCAGAAUCUGUAGUUCAGCAGGCUGCAAAUUCAGAGAGAUAGGGGGAAACCCAAAGCUAACGCUGAAGGCAGGAGGAAAAAGCAGAUUGAAAGAGAGUAUGAGUUGAAGGGGGGGGGGGGUGUGUGUGUGUGUCUGUCUAUCUGUCUGUCUGUCUGUGUGUGUGUGUGUGUGUGUGUGUGUGUCUAAAAAGGCUUUUCCAAUUUCAAGGCUGGAGCAAAGACAGUGGGGAUUUUCAUUAUUGUUUAAACCUGCUAUUUCAGGUUUCAACAGCUUCCGAGGUUUGCAUUGCUCAUGCCAAGUCUGGGGGGAAAUCUGUCAAAAAUGCUUUUGAAGAGCUUUUGACAUUUCACCAGCCAAGUGCCUUUCAGACACAAAGAGAAAAUGGAGUUGCUCUCAGGGUAUUUUCUCCCCCUGCCCUGCUCUCUCAUUUGCUAUCCGGACCUGCCCCAGGCAGGCUGACCCCUCAGAGAAUGGCUCGGUGAGGACGUGGGGCGGUCACCCUGUGUGCAAAGGGUUCAUCCUCACAUCGUCUCACACUAACCCCGUCUCCUGCUCCCAGAGCCUGUGGAGGGAGCCCCUGCCUGUGCCCCAGUCUGGAGGAACCAGAGCUCAUGCGUGUAUUAAACAUUCCUACAGCGUUUUCCUCUUCCUGAGAUUUUUACAACCUCCUUUAGCUAAUUCUCAAAACAUCCCUUUGGGAUCUGGUGUUAUUUAUAGCCAUGAUUUUGCAGCUGGGAGAAGCAGGGGAAGGGAGUCCUCGUCGUGGUGGAGCCUGUCAUCAGGGUCGGGCCUCUGUGUGGUGACAGAGACCUGGUUCCUCCCUGCUGGGGGAUGGUGUGGCCAUGGAGGAGUGUGGGCCUCAGGGCGGGCAGGCCAGGCAGAGAGGCCGGGGCUGUGUCACUUGGGAAGAGUUACGUGGAUGCUCUGAGCCUCACAUUCUGCCUCUCUGAAAGGCGUGGCUGUGCCCUGCAGACGCCAUGCAUGCCUUUGGCUCACCUACUGUGUUCCAAGCACUGCCCUGGCUGUUAGCAUCAGGAUUAACGAGGACUAAUGAGGAGACACGAGCCCAGCCUCCAGGCCAUGGUGGGCAUGCGGAAGUUGGGCACUGCUGCUGUUAUCAUUAUUUUAUUGUUAUUAAUCCAAAGAAGUCAAGCCAGCAAUGCUUGCCCCAUGUCUUGCUGUCCCCUGGGUCUGAGGAACAGAGGUCUCCCCACUUUUGCAGGAAACUGUCUACCUAGAGGGAUCUCUCUUUUUCACAGUCACUUCACAGUUUGCGUCACAAGCCUGUGAGUAAACCCAAAUCAAAUAUUUCUCUCUCUCCUUUGUUGCCAUGAACGUUUUGCUCUCUGUGCACUGAAAAUUUUUAUUUCGUUAUUGCUUUUCCAGGAAACUUCCACCCCAAGUGUCUUAGACUCCCCCUCCAAGUGGGAAGGCCCGUGGGGUGGUGGCUGAUCACCAGGCCCUAUUAGUGACGCUCAGCUGCAGGCACUUGCUGGGAGGGGGCAUGAGGGGCUGCCCUUACUUAAGCUCGUCUGGCAGGGAGCUUUUCUGGUGGAUUUAUUGCUGCUCACUUUGUCUCCAUUUCCCGAGGCUCCAGGAGCCACAUUAAAUCUUAAUGUAAUGAGCGACUUGAAAAAAAUACCCAGCAGUGAAAGAGUGCUUCAAACAAGACCAGUUAUGUUUUGUAUAGAUCUGUUUGCUUGGAUUUUAAAAGCCUGAGAAAUGGCUUCGCAGCGAUGCUUGGGGCUAAUUCGAUGCUAUCAGGAUUCACUGUGGUCUCCUGGCUGUUUGUUUAAAGCGGAGGCUGAGGGGAGGGAUGGAAUUGGUUGUCUGUGCCCCUGUUGUCCUUCAUGUGGGAGCUCAGGUUACAGGGGAUGCCGUUCAAAAGCACCCUUCAGACCUGUCUGGAAUUUCGUUUGUCUUCAGGGCCAAAUCAGCCUCUAAUUGUGCUCCAGAGGUUGUCUGGCUGAGCUGCCAGAUGAUUGCCGGGAGCCAGGCCAAGGUGGACGUCCACACCUGCCUGUGGAGGCCUGGCGUCGGGGCAUGGCGGCCCGGGGAGAGCUAAGCACGUAGGCCAGGUGACUCAGCACCGUCCCAGGCUCCAGGGACUCCCUGGUCAGCUCUCUCUGCUCCUGGCCCUGGCAUGCUGUUGUUAAUAAUAAUAGCAGUGCUCAUUGAGGGCCCAAUCCUUCCCAGACUCCCUGCUAGGCACCUGCUCCAAGCUGUCUCUAAUCAUGGAAAUCAUUCUGCAAGGAAGGUUUUAUUAUCCCCAAGCCACAAAUAAAGAAACUGAGGCUCAGAUAGGUUAAGUAACUUACCUGAGGUCACAUAGCUAGUAAGUGGGGCAUGCAGCAUGCUGAUAGGCCCAUCCUGCCUGCACCGCUGGGUCCCUGGUGAAACUCUGGUCAAGCAGGGUGCAGUUAUGUGUGGAUUUUAGGCCAGGAGCAUGCUAGGCACCACCUCAACUCAAAUGAAAAUGCAGCAGGCGUGGAAGGUGGCAGCCACACCAAAGGGUCAUUGGCAGAAUUCUCCACUUUUAUCUUUAAUUAAGUAGGUAAUUCUAUUUUAUUAUAGAAAGAGAAAAAUUAGUCCCACACACCAGAUGAUAGCACGGUAAAUGGUUUUAAUGGUUGAUCUUCCGAACUCUUAUACAGUCCACACACACAGGCAUUGAACACAAAUGGGAUGGUUUCUCUACAUGCCGCUCGGUCUUCUCACCUAACACACUGAGAGGCAGCCUCUGUGGGGCUGGCUCAGACACAGUUCCCACAUGGAUAAGCAAACACCCCAGUGUUCUCCAGAGUUCUUCCAAGUGAGCACAAGCCAUUCAUAGCCCAGAGCUGCGAGAACAGCAGCCCCUAGGGCUCCAGCUAAAAUUUAACAAAACCUAAACUGAGUCAGAUCUCUCUGAGGGCCAGAGUCUGCAUGGUCUCAAAGUGUCCCCAAGGUGGCUGAGGGUCAGUCCCCAGCCUCUUGCCUGGCCCAGCCCUGUCUCUUGGAGGUGCCGGAGAGUCGUGAGAACAAACACGAGUCUGUGGGAGAAGUUUGGAGUUACCCUCAUGGAGGAUCUCACGGAGCAGGUCUUGUCCAGAAUGGAGAGUUAAAAACCAGUGACCCAAGCUAGGAAAGAUAAGGAAGAAAUGGUGGAGCUGGGAGAGGACCUGGUUUUUUGAUUCCUGGCCCCCCAUAGAAGCUCCCUCCAGUACAACCUCUAAUUCAUAUGGGAAGGUGGAUCAGUAGGUGGGAGGGGGCUGCUGGGGAUCCUGUCCCUCCUCUGCCACUCACUGACUCUGUGACCCUAGGUAAGGUACUGACUGCCCCCAAGCUCAGUGGCCAACAUCCGCCUCUUAGGAUUGUUGGGGAAUGGUCCACGCUGUUGUGGAACCUCAUGAGUGAGCCUACGGGACAAGCGAACAUGCCUCCUGCACAUGGCUUGGGGUGUCAUGAAUGCUGUCCUUUCCCCCCACCCACCUGGGCCCCAGAGCAUGUCAAGCAAGACUAAGAACUUUCAGAGGGGAGAUUAGUCCUCAAGGUCACCCCGAAUGCCUGAGGUUUACAAUGGUCAUUGAUCACUUCCGAGCAGAGACCUUGUCAAUUUUGCACUUGGUUUUAAUAGACCCCCCCCCCCCCCCCCCCAGGAUUGAGCCCUUUCCCUGACUUCACAUACGUAAUAACAACACCUGCAAAAGACGUUGGAAUGCUUCCUGGCAUUCCUGGCCAGGAAGUGACUCAGCCAGGCUCACUGCCCCGCCCGCGUGGCCUGGGUACCUUGCGGUCAAGGGAUGCCAUGAGAGCAAGACGGCCAUAGUCACGGUGCCUUCUCUGUUAACCUGUGCAGUUUUGGGGGGACCCAGAAACCCCACAACUGCCUGCCCCACCCUGGAGGCCCCCCAUCUCCAAGAAGGACUAUGAGCAUACCUCACUCUCCCUGCUGGACGUGUCUCCUGUAGCAGGUGGUGCCAGAGCCAAGGGUCCAAGUCAAGAUCUGAAGAGAAAAGGCUACUGGUGUUGCCUGUACAUCAGCACCAGGUCCGUCUCUUCCCCGGUGGGCCUCGUUAAUGCAAACAGUCAUGGAAAUAAGGCCCUGAGUGCGCAGUAAGCCCAUUUUCCCAAGGAGCAGGGAUUUUUUUUUAAUUUUAUGACCAAUUUAGAUAUAAAAGUCUUUCAUGGUGUAGGUGGACGAGUCAGAUGCCUACUUAAAAUAUGUAACUUAUUCAUGUAGUUAUUCAUUCAUAUUUAAAGUUAUCCAUUAUGUUUUU